AUGAUGUUAUCGCCUGUUUUGCUGGUGGUUCUGGGCCUGGCAAUGUUAGUAGCAGCGGCCGACUUGUACAAAAUAUUGGAUGUGCAUAAGUCAGCAUCGGAGAAAGAUAUCAGAGCUGCAUACAAGAGACUCAGCAAGAAAUAUCACCCAGACAAGAACAAGGAUCCGGGCGCGGAGGAUAGGUUUGUAGACAUUGCCAGAGCCUAUGAAGUUCUGUCAGAUCCAACAAAACGCCAAAUAUACGAUCGACAUGGAGAGGAGGGCCUCAAGGCUCAUGAAGGCGGUCAGCAUCAACCAAAUCCCUUCGAUGUCUUCUCGAGUUUCUUCGGUGGCCACCAUCAACAGCAGACAAGAAGAGGGCCGUCAUCUUUAACUGAAUUCGAGGUUUCACUGGCGGAUAUAUAUCAGGGUGCAAGUAUAGACUUUAUGAUCAAGAAGCGUAUCCUAUGUGAUCAUUGUAGAGGAUCGGGUGCGGCUUCAGAUGGUGACAUUCACACUUGCACAGGAUGCAACGGAGCCGGCGUCAAGUUAGUCAAGCAACAGAUAUUCCCUGGAAUGUUCGCGCAAAGUCAAGUAACCUGUAAUGAGUGUAAUGGGCGGGGGAAGGUUAUCAAAAAGCUUUGCCCCCAUUGUCAAGGCCAUAAAGUCGUCGACCAUACUGCACACUACACGCUUGAAGUUACGCCUGGUAUGCCAGAGGGUCAUGAAGUAGUUUUCGAAGGAGAGGCAGACGAGAGUCCUGAUUGGGAGGCCGGUGAUGUUGUUUUGCGAGUAAGGAGUAAAAAGGUUAAAGGGUCAUGGAGGAGAAAAGAAACAAGCCUGUACUGGAAACAAACCAUUGGUAUCGAUGAGGCACUGCUCGGAUUCGAGAAAAAUAUCACCCAUUUAGACGGUCAUAAUGUUCAGAUUGUGAGAAAAGGGGUCACGCAACCAGGUUUUGUACAAGUCGUGAAAGGAGAGGGUAUGCCGGUAUUCGGCAAUAGAGAUGUGAAGGGCGACUUGUUCAUCGAGUAUAACGUUAUUCUACCUGGCGAAAUAACUCCGGAGAUGCGUAGGAAACUCACGGAGGCUUUCCAGUCACCAUCGUCAACACACGACGAACUGUGA